AUGCCAAAGCCUCUGCAGCACGAAGAACGGAUCCAAUCAGCGGUCGAGGCCUUACGUUCAGGCGAAACCCAAAGCAUUCGCAAAGCUGCGGCUGCAUUUGAUGUACCAAGGGCGACUCUGCAAGAACGCGUCAAAGGGGGUGCUACGCGUCAACAAGCGCAAGUCAAGAACCGAAAGCUACACCCAACUGAAGAAGCAGCCUUGAUUCAAUGGAUCGAGUCAAUCAAUGGAUCGAGUCACUGGACGACCGUGCGUGGAAACUUGAUGUUGCUCGACGCGUCUAUCGCAACUACCCCGGUCCCUGCAAUGACUGUUGGCGAGAACUGGGUUCAUCGGCUUCUUGAUCGGCAUCCCCAUUUGAAGACGAAGUAUUCAAGAAAGUAUGACUAUCAGCGAGCCUUAUGCGAAGACCCAGAGAAGAUUUCAGCGUGGUUUGCACGGGUGCAAAAGACGAUCAACGAGUACGGAGUCCUCGACGUGGAUAUCUACAACUUUGACGAGACCGGCUUCCAGAUGGGUGUUGCAAGUACAUCUAAAGUGGUUACUCGGUCUGACCGACGGAACCGACCUGUUGUUAUUCAGCCAGGGAACCGAGAGUGGACGACAGUCAUUGAAUGCAUCAACGCAACUGGUUGGGCACUUGAUCCAUUGAUUAUCUUCGAAGGCGAAGUCCACAUUUCAACGUGGUACGAAGGCUCACUCUUGCCGAAGACAUGGCGGAUUGGAGUUAGCGAUAACGGCUGGACAACCGAUCAGCUUACUUUCGAGUGGCUUCGAGAGGUCUUCGAGCCACAAACUCGAAACCGAACGGUUGGUCGAUAUCGGCUUCUUAUUCUCGAUGGUCAUGGAAGUCAUUCGACGCCUGAAUUCGACAAAUUCUGUACUGAGCAUCGGAUCCUUACAGAGUGCAUGCCUCCGCACUCGUCGCACCACCUCCAGCCUCUUGACGUCAGCUGUUUCUCUGUGCUGAAGCGAACGUACGGCGACCUUGUCAAAGCGAUGAUAGCACUCGGGGUUUAUCACAUCGACAAACCAAGGUUCCUCGAACUGUUUCUUGAAGCUCGGAAAAAGACGUUCAGCACAAGGAACAUCAGGAAACGCCAGAGAGAGAUAAGCCCAACAGAUCAGGCGCUUCAGAAAAUCAUCAAGGGCUGCCAGAUGGCGAUUCACAACGCUACUCUUUUGCAGGAAGAGAACUCGCGACUUCGAGCUGAAAAUGGUCGACAAAAGAGAAAGCGGGCACGCCGAGCUUUUAUCCAGGCAGGAGGGACUAUGACGAUUGGAGAAGGGAUGACACACAUCGAGGCCUUCCAGAAAGCUCCUGAGAAGGGCCAAAGAAGCCAGGAAGCUCGUCGAGAGGUCGAAGAAGGAGAAGCGGGGCCAUCGGAAACGACUGCGCCAAAGGCGCGAAAGCGCCAAGCCAACCGCGCCGGCCAUCGUCAACGUCAUUCUAUCACUAACCACGACACAUCGUCGAGAUACGUCAGGAUCCGCAGGAUGGACGAGCUUGAUCCUAGCCUAGUUCAGCGCGUUGGCAGAAAGAUCUCGGCCGUCGUCGAGAGGUAUCUGCUUGACGAUCAGGAGGUCACGCCUAAGAACACCCGCAAGGCAUAUGGACCAAAGCAGGCCGAGUGGAUGGAAUGGUGCAAGUCUCGCUUCCCCGAGAUCCCCCCUGGUUGGCCGGCGCAGUACCAGAUAGGUAGAGCCCUACCUGGCCACCUUGUUGACGAGGGUAAGCUGGUGCUCUUCCUUGACGAAGAGAUCGCCUCCCGCGCUCCCAAGCGCGGCAAGCGUCGUAUGGCCGAGACGCAACGGUUCAAGGCGGAAGGGAAGCUCAAGAAGCGGAAGAGGGAGAGCCCAUUGCCGCCGUCGUCAACUGGAGCAGCUACGGCCGACGUAAUUGUCGUCGGCGGGGGUCCAGCUGAGGAUCUGGAGUCGAACUCGGACUCGGACGUUGGCAAACCUGGUCCGGACUCGGCCGUCCGCACCUCUACACUCAAACUGCAGUAUAGCACUGUACGGCUAUACUCCAGCGCUAUCAUCAACCUCUACGCACAGCAAAAGACCAGAGGCGAGAACCCAGCUCCGCCCCCCAAUGGCCUAGCAAAGAAGGCGCUUAUGCGGCAUAUCCUCCGUGAGGCCGCUUGCCGGAGCCGCAAUGAGUGGGCAGACCGUCUCCUAAACACCAUCAAGGACGGCUAUUUGCCGGCCAAGAUCCCCGAGCAUACGGCAGCGGCCUGGCGGUUCAGCGAUGUCAAUAGCGGCUUCCGUACGAACGUCGACUUCCUUUUCGGCAACCACAUGCUCUUGCGGUCGAGCAACAGGCUACUGCUCGAGCUAGCCGACUGUUUUUGCCUGGAUUUACCAAAGGAGGGUAUCAAGACGGAUGCCCCGACGAAGGCCUUUGUCGUUCUGAUGAACCAGGGGAAGACGAACCAGCACGGCCAGGUUGAAUACGGCUCUUGUCUACGGCAUCGCGAUCCGGAGGCUUGCCUUAUCGGCCAGCUUGCCUUCUGGCUUUUCUUCCGUUGGCAGGCCGAGAAGAUUGCCGCCGAGCCGUUCCCGGAUUUCAGCCGGCCGGAGCUGUGGUACCGGACGAAGGUCCUGCGCCGGAGCAAGGCUGACUAUACGGGGCAGCUGUCGUACGCAACAGCCCACAAGUGGACCUUGGACUUCUACAGCAUGUGUGGUAUCACCACGAGCAAGGCUACCCACGCGCCGAGAGUGGCAGCGGCGCAAAAUGCCGAUAUGGCGGGAGUGUCGGACGCGCAGAUCCGACGCGCCGGCCGGUGGGAGAACGGCGACCAGAUGACUGGCUGUUAUAUAACGACGCUACCGUUCGAGUUCAUGCGCGCCACUGCGGACUUCGAGCCUGCGUGGGCCGGCAGCUACCACGUGCCAAGGGCAACAGUGCAGCCAGAGCCGUGGUUGCGCUCACAGAUCUGGCCGGAUCUAGAUCGUUGGCGUGAUUUCGAGGCUGACGACAAGGCUACAGGCGCGUUCAUCGAGUUGUUACACUGGCUGCGGGACGUCCUGUUGCAGGAUGCUGUGUUCUUGAUAGCCAAGUACCCGGGGCACCCCGUCUUCCAAGAUCCAGUAUUCUGGUCGCCCCAGUUCAACGCCUUUGCUACCAAGCUUACCGUCGAGAAGGCGGUGGAGAGGAGGCACUUGGAGUUAGUUCAGGAGGUCAAGCAGUUGAAGGCCCAGGUUGCCGAUAUGUGUCGGAUGGAGUACCAAGUCGUUACCACCUUUACCCCCAGUGGGCGGCUACACCGUACCGAGCAGUUCGUACGCCAGCAGGGCCACAAGGCCUCUAUAUCGCCGCCCGGGGUACCGAACCGAAGGCCGAUGACGCCGUUGGCCGGACCUCCGCUUAGCACCGUCUCUCGGCUCGACUGUGGAGCUGAUUCAACGCCGGCCACCUAUAUAGGAGCAGCUGCUAGCUCCAGCCCUGCGGUACUUGGUGCGCCGGCUAUAACGGUCGCGCGGCAGGGCCCGCCGCAGAUCCGGUUCCCGCGUAUGCUUCGUACGGUGGGGGACCUCUAUCAGCUCUGGCGCCAUGGGCUCGCAAUGAUGCCCUCUAUUGACGAGCUCGAGAGGCAGUGGGGCUCGCGAUGGCGCCUGCGCAACGAGAGGCAGCUCUUCUCCAUGCGGAAGGUCGUUAUGGAUGAGGUCGUACGGCUUGCCAGUGCUCGAGGGUGGCCAGAGGAGGACGCGGUCCGGGAAGUCGAGAAGCAGCGCGUUGAGGCCGGCAACCUCUCGCUAGAUGCCUUGGCAAAGCAUAUAAAGGCUAGACGAUAG